AUGUGUGACGUGCCCCAGUCGGUGCGGCUCACUGCCGGACGUGACCCUAUUGUCUCCAACCCCUGGAACAAGCAUGUCUAUCUGCCGUCAAACGAGCUUCCGAAAGGAUCGCAAUCGGCCGUUCGACCGGGCCACAACCCCACAAAGGAGGUUUCCCGUCGGUUGAAUUCCACGGGACGGCGAGAUUGGAGUGGUUCAAGGUGGGCUCACCGUCGUCCAGUCGAUCCAUGGCAGUUGUCAACCGAAGAGUGA